AUGUUUUGUUGUAUGAACAUACUGCCAGCCCCGCUGCAGAUGUGCGUGGCAAUGUGCCUUCGCCAAGACGUCACCGAGGAAGGUAAAAAGGCCAAACUGCAGAGCUCCAAGAUAGAGCAAGACCUCUCCGAGCAGGCCCGAUAUGAGAUGAACGUAGUCAAAAUCCUCAUCCUGGGAGCUGCAGAGAGCGGAAAAAGCACUCUUAUCAAGCAGAUUAAGAUCAUCCACAGCCAUGGCUUCUCCAAACAGGAACUCCUCAGCUUCAAGCCCGCAGUCCUCGACAAUCUCCUCACGUCCAUGAAGUUUGUCCUCCUAGGAAUGGGGAUGCUGAGGAUAAAUUUGGCGAACAAAAAGAACAAGAUUCAUGCCCGUUCCAUCCUCUCGUGCGAUGAGUGUCUGGACGCCGACAAGGAGCUGCGUCCCUUCGUGGCUCACGCUUUCUGCGCACUGUGGGCCGAUCAGGGGGUGCGAGCGGCUGCGGCCAGGGGUUACCAGUUUGAGCUCAACGACUCUGCCCUCUAUUUCUUUGAAAACAUGAGUCGAAUCAUCGCCCCCAAUUACUCCCCGACUGAGCAAGAUGUCCUCCGGGUGAGGGUGAGGACAUGCGGGAUCAUCGAGACGCAGUUCCAAGUCGAUGAUAUUGUGUUCCGGUUGUAUGACGUCGGCGGUCAGCGGAGCGUGCAUAGGAAAUGGCUUCGCUGUUUUGACGGCAUUCAGGCUGUGUUGUUUAUCGUGGCCUUGAGCAGUUACGAUGCGACGCUCCCCGAAGACCUGACUGUGAGUCUGCUGCAGGAAAGUUGUGAACAUUUUGCGUCCAUCAGUUCCAGCUCCAUCUUCAAGCAUACCUCAAUGAUUCUGUUCAUGAACAAAACUGACCUUUUCCAGGAGAAGAUUCUGAACUCUGGGAGACACUUAAGAUUGUAUGAUUCCACAUUUAAAGGUCCAGAUACAGACGUAGACGCCGCAGCCGGCCACAUCACCGCUAUGUUUUCAGCGCGCGGCGGGGGCCAUCGACCCGUCUUCCACCACUUCACCACUGCCACGGACACCGCCAACAUCAGGGUGGUCUUUCAGGUGGCCGUCCAACAGAUUAUCAAGCACAAUUUGGCAGCCGCUCAGCUCCUCUAA